UGUUGGCACAUGCGCAGCAGCUGCGCUCGGUGUGUAAUGGCGGCAGCGAUGUUGAUGUCCGACUGUCAGCUCGGCGUCGUGGGCGGCAGCAGAUUAAACGGAUUUGAUGGCGGAGGGGGUAACGGCCACAAUCACAACGGCCCCGCGUCGGGCCACGUCCCUUGGAACAGGAGUUUGGAGAGGGCCUUGGAGGAAGCUGCCGCGACCGGAGUGUUGAACCUGAGCGGGAGGAAGCUGAAGGAGUUGCCGAGGAACGCGGUGAACCAGGACCUGACGGACACCACGCAGGCGGAUCUAUCCAAGAACCGAUUAGUGGAGAUUCCAGCUGAAGUUUGUUACUUUGUGUCAUUGGAGAGCCUUAAUCUCUAUCAGAACUGUAUACGAAGUAUACCAGAAGCCAUUUUAAAUCUACAGUCGUUAACAUUUUUAAACAUCAGUCGCAACCAACUUGCAACAUUACCUGCGCACAUCUGUAAUCUUCCUUUAAAAGUUCUGAUUGCAAGUAACAACAAAUUAAUAUCAUUGCCCGAGGAGAUGGGAUUAUUACGGCAAUUAACAGAACUUGAUGUCAGCUGCAAUGAGAUACACACAUUACCGCCACAGAUCGGAAACCUGGAGAUUUUAAGAGACCUGAACUUAAGGAGAAAUCACUUAGUAACUCUACCAGACGAAAUUGCAGAUUUACCACUAGUACGAUUAGACAUCUCCUGCAAUAAAGUGACAACAAUUCCAGUCUGUUAUAGAAAUUUGCGACAUCUUCAAACAAUUAUAUUAGAUAAUAAUCCUCUACAGUCUCCACCUGCACAGAUUUGUAUAAAGGGGAAAAUCCAUAUUUUCAAAUACCUGAAUAUUGAAGCGUGUAAGAGUGUUCCGGAUCUGCCAGAAUAUGACAGAACGAGGCCAGUUGGUUUCAACCCAUGUCAGGAAGAGUAUUUCUCAGGCCGACCAUACGGAGCAUUGGACUCUGGCUUUAACAGCGUUGACAGUGGAGAUAAGAGGUGGUCAGGGAAUGAGCCUGCAGAUGAAUUUACUGAUCUUCCACAAAGAAUGGUUGAAAUUUCAAAGGAGCAGCGGCUGCGAAGAGAGGGUCAGCAUCAUGAACAUCGACCCAUGCCAAAUGGCAUAGUUGAACAUGAUCUAGAACAGAUUGAUUACAUUGAUAGCUGUGCCACAGAGGAAGAGGAUGAGGAAGUGCGAAUGUCAAAGCGUCCUGGUUCCACCAGCCUCAGCUCACAAUUUAUGGCAUAUAUAGAAAAGAGACGUAUUAACCAUGAGGGUUCUCCUGUGAAAUCAAAGCUUACUGGAGAUUCUCAAAGAUCGGAGAAUGGGAGCAGCUGGAUCCAACAGAAUCCUACACAGACUAGUGAAUUUUCAGAAGCUGGCUUGCUCUCAAAAGUUUCGCCUACUGGUCAAAAUAUGACUUCUCAUGCUGGCUGCACAGAGUUUGAGUUGCAGAGAAGGCGUGAGCAACUACUGGUGGAACGGACCAGGAGAGAGGCACAAAUUGCAGCUGAACAAUAUGAAGAGGAGCGAAUCCACACCAAACAAAUAGAAAAAGAAGCAGCCCUUGACUUUGUGAGAAAUGAAGACAAAACACCUGUGUCACCGAGUGCCUCUACUGCCCAGUCACCUAUACCAAUGGUCCAGCCUGGUCCUCCUUUUCCUGGCUCUUCUGCCCACUCUAACAAACAGCCCACAGAAGCAUACCGACCUGAGAGCUUCCUCAUGAGAGCAACCAUGCGUGAUGAAAUGAAGAAAGAUGGGAAUUUUACUGCCUCUCCCUCUGAAAACCUUGGCCAGGAUUCUGAAAUCCCAAUGAUACUGCAGAAGCAAAAGCAAUAUGAGGAUGAACAGAGAGUAAAGCAGCAGCUAAGGAAGAACAUUGAAACACGGUUAAAGGUUUUGCUCCCAAGUGAUCUUGGAACAGCACUCACAGAUGGUGUUGUCCUCUGCCAUCUGGUUAAUCAUGUGAGACCACGGUCAGUCCCGAGUAUACAUGUCCCAUCUCCAGCAGUGCCCAAACUGACAAUGGCAAAAUGCAGACGAAAUGUGGAGAAUUUCUUAGAGGCGUGUAAGAAAAUGGGUGUACCACAGGAUCGAUUGUGCCUGCCCCUUCACAUUCUAGAAGAGAAAGGACUGGCACAGAUAGCCGUGACUAUAGAAACUCUGCUUGAGCUGGCCCCUACCAAACAGCACCAUUAAUCAACACUCUAGAGACUGCAAGUGAUGGGCAUCAUACCCAAGAAAUACUUUUGCAACAUAAUCACGUUGGUCUGCAUGGUGAUCAUAUUUAUCACAUUUUUAGCAUCUGCAAGAUGACUUUCUGCCUUGUCAGCUCUAGCAACCAGUUGCUAAACGUGACCUUUUUGAUCCUUUCAUUCUGUUACUUUUCCAGAAAGGCAGCACUCCAUUUGUUUUCUAGCUUGGGCACUGUGAUCCAUGUGGUUUUCAUAGUGGCAUUCAAGCCGCUGAGAAAUUGCAGAGUAGUCUGAUCAACAGCUCAAGGAACUAAAACAAAAAAACAUAACCCUCAUAACUUUAUCUCACAAGUGGCCAGAUUAUGCAUUGGACUUUUAAUUUUCUUUGUGUGGUGGCCAGUAAGAUAGAAUUUGAUAAGAACAGUCAGGACAAUCUGAAACAUAUAUUGGAAUAAGAAAAUCACAUUAAAGUUGCACUUCAUAUAAUGUUAGUUUGAUUCCAAGUUCUAAAUAGGAAUAAGCAAUUCACAACAGCUGCAGAGCUUCACAAGGUGUGGUCAGGAUAUUAUUUUAAAAUUGCAUAUCCCUUGUCUAGUAAUAAAUACUGAGAAACCACAGAAUUAAUUGACUUUCCACUCAGUAUUGUUUGUAUAGGAAUGGUAUGUUUCAUCAGUAGUUGAACUCCAUGAAAUACUAUAAAGAUUCCCAUAAGGGAAUGUUAUAUGGUGUUUUUAGAAAUCCAUUUCUAGAAACAAUGCACCGACUACUCUUACGUGGAUCAGUACAGUAUGAAUUAUUUCAGGUUUUCUUAGUCCAUAUAUUUUGAAGCAUCGAUAUGAUUAUACAUAAAUAUUGCUUUUGUUGCCUUCAUGUAUACAUUUAUUCUGAUCUAACUAAAUAGUUUUUGGAAUUAAUUUUUCAUAGUUAGAUUUUGCUUAUAGUGUAUACAUUUGUAUUUAUUCAUAACACGCAAGUAUGAUAAAACAACCACUAAAUAACCUGGUUGCUCAGCUGUAUUUGAGUAAUGUAGUGAAAUGCACUUUAUCAUGAAGUGACAUUGAUGAUGACUUCAGUCAGCUUCAUGACGCCAGAAAGAAAUCUGUAGUGCAGGCUUUCUAUAUGACUUUUAGUACCUUCCACUACAUUUUUGUUCAUUUAUGUAUCUAGUUUUUUUUUAAAAUAUGGUUUUAACUAAAUAUACAGUGAGAAAUAGUGAUAUGCAGACUUCACAUCAUUUUCAUAGGAGCACUUAUCCAUUCUUUUAAGAUAAUUAGUUGUGAUUUUGACUUGAAAGGCUAUUAUGUGGAAUAGAUUGGAUCCACUUUUUCUUAUGGUGUCAUCUUUAAACUUAAAUUCACACAUGCAAUAAUCGUAAACAUAAAAUUUUAAGAGUGAGAUGCCCUGUAUCCCAUCCUCAAACAAUUAGAAUUAUUGCACCAAACCUUUUUGUUAUUUGUAUCAAAGUGAUUGAUUUUAAUUUUUCAAUGUAUUUUACAUCACAGUUGGGCAAUAGAAGGGAGUUCAUUUUUUUAUUCAUGACCUAAACAGAUGGAGUUUUGCCUGCACUUUUCUUUGCCUGACUGAAUUCCAUGUUUUCUUGUCUAUUUUAUAUUAAACAUCACACUCUGUUGAAGUAUAGGUUUGUUUCAAAUUAUGUAUUAAUUUUAAGCUAUACAAUAAGAUUGUAUUAUCAAAUGCUGAUCACUUGUGCUUUCUUUUCCAUAAAUGUUAUUCCAAGUCUGCUAACUGGUAUCUAUUUGACUUGGCAGAAGCCCAUUGACCUUUUGAAAGUUACUUGACUUAGGUUGGAAACUGUCAGGGGCUAGAUUAAAAUUGUUCACGUUAAUUAUGAAGGGUAUUCAACAGGACAAGCACAAAAUAAUAUUUGUCAGACAUAUUUCUCCUCUGCAGAACUUGCUGGGCAAAAAGGUAUAUCAUUGUUAUACUUCUAUUCUUGAAAUUCAAGAUGAUUUAGAAAAAAACGAAUAACAUUACAUUGUAUCAGUAAUCCUUUGUUUGAUCUCUACACAAUACACAAUAUAUUUAAGAACUGACUAAAGAUUUAUCAUUAUUUUCACAUGUUUUUUUUUUAAAUUGGUGGAGACUGAGGGAUAAGGAAAGGAAUUAAGGUGAAGAUAUCUUAUAAAAUUAAUCUUUGAUUGGUGCCCAUCAUAGGAUAAUCUUACAUAGGAAACUAAAUUAUUUGCUCUGAUUAUACUGUAAUAAAUUUGAGUCAAUGGGAUUGGGGAAAGGAGGUAGUGUAUAUGAAACCAGGUGUGGGUAGAGGGUAAUUAAUUAUUUAAAGGAAAUAAUAUUUUGCACAUUUAAAAAUAAUUAGCAACAUUGUGCUGUUGAAUAGCAAUGUUGCAACAACACGGUGUGAAUACACAGAGUUAUGUGCUUCUGACCAGUGGAAGUAAUCAUAUCUAAGCAACCUCUAGCAAGUAAAUCAACCAUUUAUUUUGAUUUCUUACUGGGAUUUUCAACAAUUACAUAAUACUUUGUUCUACUUUUAGAUGUAUUACCUUCUGCUGAGGAAGUUGCACCAAACUUUGGCAGUGGGCUAUAGUCUGGACCUUGAAAUGAGACAGGUUUGGUGCUGUUUCUAAGUGUGCUAAAAUAUAAACCUGAUUAGUAUUAACAAAAAGAUUAUAAAGUUUAUUUUUUUAAAGUGAGGGCAGGGGAGAAGUUUGUUAUAUUCAUUAGUUCUGGCAGUGUAUUCAAUAUUUCAUUGUUGCUUUAAAACCAGAAUUCAUAUUCCCGGUAAAGCACCUAAAUUUGGGUUGUGAGUGACCCAGUAUAGAAUCUAGUGAAUUGGGACCUCAUCUUAUCAUUCCUUGAGUUAAAUAUUUGAAAAAGUACAAUAGUACUGGUUUAUAGGUACAUCCCAUUACAUGUCUUUCCCAUUCCUGGGCAAAUGAAAGUUCAAAAAUCUUUCCUGCUAAAGUUUUCAGAGGACCUUUGUAUCAUGACCUGUCUUGAUCAAGGUUUUAAAAUACAUAUUAGCUCACAUUAUGUCCCAGCAAAGUGAUCUUGACUGUGGGGACAAAUACUAUUUCAUCAGGUCAUUGACCUGAACAUUUUUAUUUUCAAAUAUUACCUGACUUGGUGACCAUUUCUAGCAUUUGUAUUUUUAUUUCAGAUUUCCAGUAUUCAUAGUAUUUUCCCCUAGUGAUCUUGUAUGUUUGUCAUUCUGUUUAGUUUACAGAUCAGCGUGCUUAAAAUGCAUUUAUCUAAUGGAGAUUAUGAAUAUUUCAUAAAGUUAAUACUUUUUGAAAAUAAAGGAAUGACUAAUAUAAAAUUAAAUAAUACUGCAUUGCUUAGGUUGAUCUCCAUACUGCACUAUCAUUACGUGGAUCAGAUGGAAUGCUUAAUGUACUUAAUUGUAUUCCAGUUUCUAAGUAAAUCUACUGUAUCUUGUUGCUCCUGUCUACUCAAGGCAAUUGCAAAAGUCCUUAUAUCUGAAUAUCUUUUCAUGCAUUUUCAGUGUGUUAGCAAAUUUUAGGCUCUUCUAAAUCUAACUCUCUACUGCAUUUUACAGGGUGCAAUUUUUUCCUAAUCUGAGUUUUUUGUGCUACUCUCUGGAAAUAGUGAAAUAGCUAAUUAACGCAUUCCGCAGAAAUAUGAUGUUAAAUCACUGAAUAAUUGCACUGACUCAUGAAAGUUAGCUUGAGUUGGAACCACUUUUGUACCAGAAAUAAACUGAGAUGCAUCAAGUAAUGUUGACAUACAGUGCCCUCCAUAAUGUUUGGGACAAAGACCCAUCAUUUAUGUAUAUACCACUGUACUCCACAAUAGAGAUUUGUAAUUGAAAAAAAACACAUGUGGUUAAAGUGUACAUUGUCACAUUUUAAUAAAGGCCAUUUUUAUACAUUUUGGUUUCACCAUGUUGAAAUUACAGCAGUGUUUAUACAUAGUUCCCCCAUUUCAGGGUACCAUAAUGUUUGGGACACAGCACUGUCAUGUGAAUGAAAGUAGUCAUGUUUAGUAUUGUGUUGAAUAUCCUUUGCAUGCAAUGACUGCUUGAAGUCUGCGAUUCAUGGACAUCACCAGUUGCUGGGGGUCUUCUCUGGUGAAGCUCUGCCAGGCCUGUAUUGCAGCCAUCUUUAACUUAUGCUUGUUUUGGGGGCUAGUCCCCUUCAGUUUUCUCUUCAGCAUAUAAAAGGCAUGCUCAAUUGGGUUCAGAUCGAGUGAUUGACGGCCACUCAAGAAUUGUCCAUUUUUUAGCUUUGAAAAACUCCAUUGUUGCUUUAGCAGUAUGUUUGGGAUCAUUGUCUUGCUGUAGAAUGAACAAGCCAGCCAAUGUGUUUUGAGGAAUUUGAACUUGGGCAGAUAGGGUGUGUCUAUACACUUCAGAAUUCAUUAUGCUACUACCAUCAGCAGUUGUAUCAUCAAUGAAGAUGUGAGCCAGUACCUUCAGCAGCCAUCCAUGCCCAGGCCAUAACAGAUGAGGUGGUAUGACAAUAGGUGCAGGAGUCGGCCCUUCGGCCCUUCGAGCCAGCACCGCACUUCAAUAUGAUCAUGGCUGAUCAUCCACAAUCAGUACCCAGUUCCUGCCUUCUUGCCAUAUCGCCUGACUCUGCUAGCUAUAAGAGCUCUAUCAAACUAUCUUGAAAGCAUCCAGAGAAUUGGCCUCCACCGCCUUCUGAGGCAGAGAAUUCCACAGAUUCACAACUCUCUGGGUGAAAAAGUUUUUCCUCAUCUCCGUUCUAAAUGGCCUACCCCUAAUUCUUAAACUGAGGCGCCUGGUUCUGGAUUCUCCCAACAUCGGGAACAUGUUUCCUGCCUCUAGCGUGUCCAAUCCCUUGGUAAUCUUAUAUGUUUCAAUAAGAGCUCCUCUCAUCCUUCUAAAUUCCAGAGUAUACAAGCCCAGCUGCUCCAUACGGUCCAGCCAUCCUGGGAAUUAACCUUGUGAACCUAUCCUGCACUCCCUCAAUAGCAAGAAUGUCCUUCCUCAAAUUUGGAGACCAAAACUGCACACAAUACUCCAGGUGUGGUCUCACUAGGGCCCUGUACAACUGCUCGUAUACUCAACUCCUCUUGUUAUGAAGGCCAACAUGCCAUUAACUUUCUUCACUGCCUAUUGUACCUACAUGCUUACUUUCAGUGACUGAUGAACAAGGACCCCUUUUCCUAACUUGACUCCAUUCAGAUAAUAAUCUGCUUUUCUGUUUUUGCCACCAAAGUGGAUAAUCUCACAUUUAUCCACAUUAAACUUCAUCUGCCAUGCAUCUGUUCACUCCAUAACCUGUCCAAGUCACCCUGCAUUCUCACAGCAUCCACCUCACGGUUUACACUGCCACCCAGCUUUGUGUCAUCAGCAAAUUUGCUAAUGUUACUUUUAAUCCGUUCAUCUAAAUCAUUAAUGUAUAUUGUAAAUAGCUGCGGACCCAGCACCGAGCCUUGCGGUACCCCACAAGUCACUGCCUGCCAUUCUGAAAGAGACCUGUUAAUCCCUACUCUUUGUUUCCUGUCUGCCAACCAAUUUUCUAUCUAUGUCAGUGUCCUAUCCUCAAUAACAUGUGCUCUAAUUUUGCCCACUAAUCUCCUAUGUGGGACCUUGUCUAAUGCUUUCUGAGUCCAGGUACACUACAUCCAUUGGCUCUCCCUUGUCCAUUUUCCUAGUUACAUCCUCAAAAAAUUCCAGAAGCUUUGGAUCUUGGGCAGUUCCUUCUCUCCUCCAUACUUUUCUCUUGCCACCACUCAGAUAUGUUAAUCUUCAUCUCAUCUGUCCACAAGACUUUUUUCAAGAACUGUGGUUGCUCCUUUAAGUACUUCUUGGCAAACUGUAACCUAGCCAUCUUAUUUUUGAGGCUAACCAGUGGUUUGCAUCUUGCAGUGUAGCCUCUGUAUUUCUGUUCAUGAAAUCUUCUGUGGACAGUGGUCAUUGACAAAUCCACAUCUGACUCCUGAAGAGUGUUUCUGAUCUGUCGAGCUGGUGUUUGGGGACUUUUCUUUAUUCUAGAGAGAAUUAUUUCGUCAUCAACUGUGGAGGUUUUCCUUGGCCUGCCAGUCCCUUUGCAAUUAGUAAGCUCACUAGUGCUCUCUUCUUAAUGAUGUUCCAAACCGUUGAUUUUGGUAAGCCUAAGGUUUCGAUGAUGCCUCGAACUGUUUUAUUGUUUCUCAGUCUCAUAUUGGCUUCUUUGACUUUAUUGGCACAACUUUGGUCCUCGUGUUGAUAAACAGCAAUAAAAGUUUGCAAAGGUAAUGGAAAGACUGGGUGCUAAGAGCUCUCUUAUACCUGCAUUAAGGAGGCAAUUAAACACACCUGAGCAAUUACAAACACCUUCACUAUACAGUGAAGCCAUGUGUCCCAAACAUUAUGGUCCCCUGAAAUGAGGACUAUGUAUAAACACAGCUGUAAUUUCUACAUGGUGAAACCAAAAUGUAUAAAAAUUGACUUUAAUAAAAUCUGACAAUGUGCACUUUAACCACAUGUGAUUUUUUUAUUUCUAUUACAAAUCUCAAAUUGUGGAGUACAGUGGCAAAUAAAUAAAUGAUGGGUCUUUGUCCCAAACAUUAUGGAAGCACUGUAUGUUACUGCUGGAAGCUUUUAAAAUAGACUGAAACUGACAAAUGUGGGAACAGAUAAUUUACAAAGAAGUUGACCCCACUUCAUAGUUACUUGGAACUAGUGCUUGAAUAUAUGCGGUGAUCAUGCAUGGAUGACUGUCUAGUCAAUUGUAGACUACUGUAAAUACUUAUGUAGCUGUUCAUGGUAUGGUCAUUUGUAUACAAUACUGUUUUAUGUUAACCGUAUUCUCUUUUUAAAACUAUAUUAAUGUUACAUUUUAUCUGCUGGGUACAGCUAGAUCUGUUACACAUUCUUACAGCUGCAGAGAGACGAGAUGUGUGUUCUUCUGUUCAAUUUUUUUUUCCUUUGAAGACCUAAAAUCUUGGAGGCCUUGGCUUUAAAUAUAUUGUAUAAAUAAUUGCUAUGUAAAAAGAAAGGGCAUUUUUGUCAACACCACUUUGGUUGUAACUGUCUCCUUUGUACAUAUGUAUAACAUACAUUAUAGGUUUUAUGCUUUUGUGAUGAAUAAAGAUUGUAUAUGGAAGUAG